AUGCAGUACACGGGGAGCAAAUAUAUCGGAGAAUACGUAGAUGGGAGGAUGGAGGGCAAAGCCGAAUACAUCCUCCCGACUGAAACAAGAUAUGUCGGGGAAAUGAAGGACGGCAUGUUUCAUGGCAAAGGAACCCUGUACUUCCCCAACGGGAGCCGAUACGACGCCAUUUGGGAAAAGGGACUAGUUGUGAAGGUAUCUCUCAACUCACCAAUAUAGACCCACCUAGAAAAAUCCCCAAGGGUUGUUAUGAUUGUGGAGACGGCUUCUAUAACCCAGUCACGAGGAUAG